AUGAUUCGUGCUGCUGUCCUGUUCGCACUGGUGGCUCUGGUGGCCGCUGAACCACCGUUGCGUUUCCGACCCCGGGCCGCCUUCGGAGUGCAGCGACCAAACGCUCGUUUCGCCCGGCUAGAGGAAGCACCUCCGGCACAGCAGGAACCAGCAGGAUACAACUAUCCCAAGCCGAUGUCUUCAGGCUAUCACUAUCCCAAGCCGGAUCAGGCAUUCCCCCUGCCUGGGGAGGAGAUGCCUCCUGCCUUCACCACUGAAGCUGCACCCGGUGCCGCAACAACUACGGUACCUCAGGAAGAACAACCGGCGACCACGGAAUCCAGCGAUUCUGUGACCACCACUGCUGCCUAUGAGGACUACGAGGACACUGCUGCACCAUUGGAACCCACGGCUGAUUCCAACACAAGCGCCAAGUUGCGCCGUCGUCAGCAACUCAGUGCACGCCGUCCGGUUCCGCUAACACUUUUCAACCGUCAAAGUCAACGGCUCGAGGACCUUCCUGCCGUGUUGGUGGAUCAGCAACCGGACCAGCAGCUGGCACGUCCAGUCUAUCUCAUCAAUCUUCCCGAAUCGACCCUUCAGCAGCUGGUUUUGCUCAACAACGCACAGCUAGCAGGCCUUCAACUUGCUCCACAGCCUACCGCCGUCUAUCUGUCCGAACUGGAUUACAUCUACAAGAAGAAGUAG